GUUUCCUGUUGCCUCGCACUCUUGAAAGAUGUACUGUCUGCUUCCAUCCUUUGAGACUUCUGGAUCAUGGUCUUACCGGAUCAAGACAUUUUACCAACCAGCUAAUCACUAGCCUCCAGAGGCCGAAGCGGUCUGAGCGAACGGGGUAAUGGAAGGAUGAUACAUGGAUGUCACUGACGACCCCCUCACAAGACCUGCAGGCUCGCUUAUUGAUGGGUUUUGGCCGCGGGAGAUAUUACCUUCUUCCUCCUCCCAGUCAUCGAUAACCUCGGAGUCAUGGCUAUUACCCCUUCGAUUUGAAUGUCCGCUUGUUCUCAAGUUGAAGACUCGAGUAUAACCUGGACCCUUGAUGGAGCAACAGACGAAGCACGUCAUUAUCGUGGGAGGCUCCCUCGGAGGCCUGUUUGCUGGUGUCGCCCUAAAGCAGGAAGGCUUUGACACGACCAUCCUCGAGCGAAAUCCGACGAACCUACUCGAGAACCAAGGCGCAGGCAUUGUCGCUGGCGGGGAUACCCUGGCCUUCUUCGAACGCUAUGACCGGUGCAAACGUGCUGUGGCGGUCGCCUCGCAAAAGAGGAUGUAUCUGGACAAGUCAGGAGAUGUCGUUCAUGAAGAGGUGAUGAAGCAGACGAUGACAAGCUGGGACCUGUGCUAUUACAUGCUCCGUGCAAACUACGACCAUCAACAGAGCGACUACUGUAAAGCCCCGGGCCCACAACCUGGCGACGGCAAGAUUGACUAUAGAUACGGAUGUACCGUGGCCGGUUUUGCUUAUGAGGGUGAUAAAGUGAGAGUGUCAUAUGACAAGGCCGGCGGCGGCAAAGAGAGCGUGGUAGGUGAUAUGCUUGUGGGUGCUGACGGGCCAAGUUCGACGAUACGAAAGAUCUUGUACCCUGAUAUUGAACGUAAAUAUGCUGGGUAUUGUGUCAUUCGAGGAACGGUCCCAGAGGAAGCGGCGUCCGAAGAAGCCAAGGCAGCAUUUGUGGAAAGAUUUACCUUCUUUCAUUCUCCAGGCAUCCAGAAUCUCACCUAUACAAUACCGGGGACAAAUGGAGCCAUGGAGGAGGGCAAACGGCUGCUCAACUUUGUGUGGUACACAAACUUCCCGGAAGGAGAGCAGGAAUUGGAAGAAGUCAUGACCGACAAAGACGGCAAACGUCGCAGACUCACCAUCCCACCAGGACAGAUGCGCGACGAGGCUUGGGAGAUGGUCAAGAAAAGGGGUCGUGAUCGACUGCCUCCUCAGAUGUCCGAAAUGGUAGAGAAGACGCGCAAUCCAUUCGUCCAAUGCAUCACGGAUGUCAUUACGCCAAAGAACUCCUUCGACCAUGGCAAGGUGGUGCUUAUUGGGGAUGCCCUCGCCGGGUUCAGACCCCAUACUGUUGCGUCGACGAGCCAGGCUGCGUUUGAUGUACUAAUGCUGAUACAUUAUCUGAAGACGGGGAAUCAUGCCGAGUUUGUUCGGCGAACAAUGGAAUAUGCCCGUCUCAUCCAACACAGAGGUGUGUACAUCGGCAAUCGAAGUCAAUUCGAGUCUUUGCAACUCAAAGACUACAUCGAGGACCGAAAUAUGAUGUCGAUCGUAAGGGAGGAUCUGGAGUUUCCCGAAUGGACGCAAGUUCGAGUAUGAUACACAAAGAUAUCUUGAUUUUUCCAUGCCACAAACACUCAGUUCUAGAUACAUAAGGUACAUGUAGGUAUAUAUAAAGCUGUUGAGAUACUCCGUAAGGGUAUGAG